GCCAGACAUUGGGGUGGUGCAGUUAAAUAGUAGGGAACCAAAUUGUUGGGCUCAUCUCUGAGCUGUCCAUCCUGCCUCUGCUGUGGUUGCACCUCUGUCUUCUGUUACAGACGCAGUGAGAUCUCACCGGCAGGAUGCCUGAGCAUGUGCAAGAGAGGAAACCAAAGAUCUCAGCUUCAAGAAAGCUGAUGCUCAAGAGCCUGAUGGUGGCAAAGGCUAAGGAGGAACUAGAGCAGGAGAUCAUUGUCAAAGAAGAGGAAAAACAAAAGUAUUUGGGAGAGAAAGCUCCACCUCUAACCAUCAGCAGUCUAAGUGCUGCUCAGCUGCAGGACCUCUGCAGAGAACUCCAUGCCAAGAUAGACGUGGUUGAUGAGGAGCGAUAUGAUAUUGAAGCCAAAGUCAUGCUCAACACACGUGAGAUUAAAGACCUGAACAUCAAGGUGUUGGACCUCAGGGGGAAAUUCAAGAGGCCUAAUCUUCGACGUGUCCGUGUCUCUGCUGAUGCCAUUCUUCGCUCACUGCUGGGUUCCAAGCAUAAAGUCUCCAUGGACCUUCGAGCCAAUCUCAAGUCUGUCAAGAAAGAUGACACUGAGAAGAAGAGGCCAGUGGAGGACAGUGACUGGAGGAAGAAUGUGGAGGCCAUGUCAGGGAUGGAGGGAAGGAAGAAGAUGUUUGAUGCUGCUAAAGGUUCAGCUCAGUGAAGUCAGAACCUCAGCAGAUGUCACAUGAACGACAUCCCUCAUCCAAAUUUGCGCUGCCUCCGUUUUCUAUUUCAUGCUGUCAUCACUGGUCGGAUCAUGCCAUGGAGACAAGAAUAUGAUCUCACUUUCCUCAAAGGUUUUCUACCCAAUAAUUUGCAUUUCAGCUAAGUUUACUUACUAUAUAGAAUAAUCAGAUUUUUCUUAUAAUAAAGAAUGAUUAUCUUUUAAUUAUAAAAAUAAUUUUCAUAAUUAAAUCAGGUAUAAUUAUAUAAUCUAUACCUGACAUUAUAACCUCAGAUAUUCAUGCUACUAUUUUUGCAAAGAAAUGUCAACUUUACAUUUUUAAAAAUUCAAACUUGGAUAAAAUCAUAUCUCAGACAAAACUGCUGAUAUAAUCUUACUACAUUGCAAAUUUGUUGUUUUUGCUUGGAAAUUAAUUGUAACCGUGUGUUGUGAAUGUAAAAAUUUAGCAAAAUAAUGUACAUUUCAUCAGUUGGAUUGAGUAAAAAUGUAUUAAACCAAUGAAUAACAUAAAAAGCCUCUAAAAAAUAAAAUAAAAUAAAAGCAUUUGUUACUACUUGCUCCAUUC